AAAUUGUAAACCAAGGGGAGAGUGAUUGUACAAAGGUACGUGGAGCGCGCAGCCAACAAAGUGCGCUAUCAAUUCUUCUCUCUCCCGCUUUGCCUCCACUUUUUAGAAGACCCUCAACUGUAUUUCUUCUUCUGAUCCCACUAAGAGCUUUGAAAGCAGAGGGAGCCUGACAAAUUGAAGCCACAAUCGGCGUAAAGCAACAUGAAGAUGAUACGCUCAAUUUGGCGCACAAUAAGUCACUGAUUUCCUUUUCAUUUACUUUCCCAUUACUCAUUUUCCCUUGCUACACGCCAUCGUUUAUGAACUCUUUCUACUGUUCUUCCUUUUUCUCUUGCUGGGUUCUCUGUAAAAUGUGCUGCUGUUCUGUCUUCUGCUUUGUUUUCGUUUGGUUUUAACGCGGUCUGUGAAUCGCUUCUAUUGAUUUUCUCUUUUGUGUUUGUUUUCGCAUUUUGAUUAACUUUUAGGAGUUGUUACUGCACAUUCUUAUCUGGGGUUCGGUUAAUUUUGGGGAUUUGGAUGUUUGAUUCAUCAGAAUUUCUGGAUUACCCUCUUUCUCAAGUUUGUGGAUGAAUUUUCUUUCAUAUUAGAUCAUUGAUUUGUGUCGUGUUUCACUGCUGAAGACUUGCAAUCCUAGACUAGCAAAAGGGUUUAUCGGAUUAGGUUUAUUUGCGGUAUUAGUGAACCUUACUUCAAUAGUUAAAUUUUCUUCCCAUUGUUCUUGUUGGUUGGGGACGCAAUGGAGGAAAGAAAACUCAAUUUUAAUGUACCUCUCAUGUCUGUGAGGCGAUUUUCCAAGGCAUCAAGUUCUUUAGUUGAAGUGAAUGAAAAGAAACCUGAAGAUUCCCAGCCUAGUAGACGGAGUAGCUUUCGAGUUUCUCGACCGCCAUUCAAUUUAGAGGAAGUAACAGAACCAGUUGCAGUUCCCUUCCAUUGGGAGCAAAUUCCAGGAAGAGCUAAGAAUGGUUGUGGCUCAGCUUCACCUGAGAAGCUGCCUCAGCUGCCUCCUGAGAGGACUUGUUCUAGUCCUAGACUUUCCUUUGGGAGGGCUUUGGAAAUGGAAGCUUGUUAUCAAAACGAGUGUGAAGCUAAUUCUUCAAAUGCCGUUGUUGUUAGAUUAGAGUCGACGAAAGCUAGUGAGACGAGGAGCUUGGUAUCUGAGAAUGAUGAUGAUGAUCUCUCUGAUGCACGCGAGACAAAGUCCCUCACUGGUUCAUUCUCUAUUAACAACUGUAGUGUAAGUGGUCUAAGUGGAUACAACGGUCGAACUUUCCGAACAGAUCCUCAAACUCGAGAUUUCAUGAUGAGUCGCUUCUUACCUGCUGCCAAGGCAAUGGUUUUGGAGCCUCCUAAGUAUUCCUUAAAGAAGCAACCUAUAGCAGUUGAGCAACCUAGGCAAGUUAAGACGAUCCCGUCUGAGAAUAGGAGGAUGUCUCCACUUAAACAACUCGAGUCUGCCCUGUUACUUCGGUAUUGCAGAGAUGAAGUACAUGAAGUAGAUGGAGAAAGUGACUCUGUGGAUGAUGAAUAUGACAAUCCAGGUAAUAUAUCAGCUAGAGGUUGUGGUCUAAUACCCAAUAUAUGCUUCAAAAACGCUUUGGGCUUUCUUAGUCCUGUGCCUGGGAUGAGAAUCAGGACGGAGUCGCCCAUUUCUAUCACUAAUGAAGUUAGGGAAUCGAGCAGAACAAUGCAUCAUUCACAUAGCCAAAAGAUCAACAAGCAUGCUUGGGAUGCUGCUGGAUCACCUAAGCUGCAGGAGGUAAAAAAUAAGUGGAUUGGUGAACCAAAACAUUUUCCUUCCUCCACCGACCUGCAAAUGAGAGGUAGGUCUUCUCCCUUUAGGCAUUCAAGGACGGCUUCUCCCUUCCGGAAUGAAGCAUCAUGGUCUCCUAGUAGAAAGCAGUCGUUUGUAGCUCCUAAAGACGUUGAGACUAUCUCCAACUUUAAAGGUAAUACUAACUUUCGUGAUAGACAAUCCAUUCAAGCAACUAAACAUGGAGUUGACACGGCGAGUGCCCUGAUUGAGAAGACACUCUACAUAGAUGCUGCAAGCGUUGUUGAACUAACUCCUCCAUUGAACUCAAGCCUUUUGGAUGCCAAUGAAAUGGUUGAUCAUGCUAGUAGGAACAAUGAAACAACAAUUGAGACCAGAGUGACAGAAGAAACUAUCACUGUGGAACCUUCUUUCCCAGAAGUAAAGUGCUUAACUUUGAUUGAAGACGGGAAGCUGCAGCGUGAAGCCGCAGAAUCUACAAACAAAGACGCCAUUGAUAAUGACUCCAAAAUGGGACAUGGACUUUACAAAGAAGAUCUUUCUGGUUACUCUAAUGUGGGCUCGGCUGAUCAAGAUGAAUACUCUACGUCCAAUUUUCAGCUAGUAAAAGUAGAAGAUCCGGCAAGUGUCGAAGUAACUUCUGUGAUAUCUUCUCAACCUCCACCUCUACCAAAGUCGCCUUACAAGUCUUGGCUCUGGUGUACACUCCCUUCGGUUUCCUCGAAAAAGUUACUUGCUGGAUCAAAUCUUGGAAACAGGUUGUAUCACAAGCUGCAGUGUCCUAGGACAUCAGCCAGCACCAAGUGGGAAACCAUUGUAAAAUCUACAAAUUUGCAUCACGAUCAUGUUCAGUACUCCGAGGAAUUAAAUCCUCCUGUUUCUCAGCACUCAACAACAGAGAAUUUCAACACUCAGGUUGAUUGAUUGGUUUUGUGUAAAAGUUCAUACAUUAGCAUGGGGCAUAGCGGAGGAAACAUUCAUAUUCACAGAAUGAAUUCUGUAUACAGCAGCCUAGGAAUCAACAUAGAUGUGAGAGCUCUGGGUUUUGGUAAGCCUGAUAUGGACAAACAACAAGCCCGGAAUUACUAGAGCCAAAAGUUUGACUUAAUGUUCUUGAAUAACAACCUUCCGGCAGCCUAUCCAACUUUCAAAUAUGCUUUAGAAUUACAGUUUCGUUUGACACGAUUCUCACUCUGUUUUUACAGCUCUGAUAAAGGGAAAAAGGUGUAAUUUUUUCCCGGUUCUGGAAGAUGGGUCCUAGUAAAAACAAACCCAAUACACGAUUCUCAACCCUUCAUUUAUAGCUUUGAUAAAAGGGAGAAAAGGUGUAAUUUUUGGAGAUGGGGUUUGCUCUGUUUUGGUUUUUCUUGAGAAAACAAACAGAAAAAUGGGAAUGUAGAGGUGGCAAAAUCACAGUCGUUGGACGAAGGUCCUAGAUAAUCUAUCGAGGGAAUAUAGUAAGUUUGCUGUGAAAUGAAGAUUGAUUGGGUGAGAGAGAGGGAGAGAGAGAGAGGCAGGCACGAAAAGAAGGGCAGGAAGGAGAGAGAAAGUAAGGAGAGAGAAAGGAAGGCUUGGUCAACGGAACAAAUUAAAUUAAAAAUAAGAAGAUGAAGAUGAAAGCGCGUCCGUUUACGACGGAAAUGGGGACCCUCUAAGCCACUCAUCAUCGAUUUCCACUCUCUCUCUCUCUGUCUCUCUCUGUCUCUGUGCCGCCGAAUGACAGAAACGGAUAGUGUUUUCAACUCUCAACGGUUUAACCACGCCACAUCCAAAGAAAUUAAUAUUCUCCCUCUUAAUUAUAUAUAAUUAUUCACUAAUUUUGAUGAUUUUUUUUUACGAAAAAAAAUCCAUCCCGGCUUGGUGCAAAGGGAUUGGAGAGAGAAAGGUGGAGGAGAAAGGGAAAACAAGAAGCUGGUAAGGAGAGAGAAACAGAAGACAGAAAAACAGAGAGACAGAAAAACAGAGAGACGGAAACAGAAACAGAGACCUGGUAGAGACCCAGAAGAUGGUCGAAGAGAAAGUGCUCUGAGAUCAUCCUGAAGGGGCAGUAAUAGAAAAAUAAACCUUUCUUCAUUAUAUUCCAUCUCCUUCUUUCUUUUUCUUUGCUGCCUUUCGUCUCAACAUUCCUUGUUUUUUUCUGUAGCUUAAUAGAUCCACCCACCUACGUUUCUUCUUCCUUACAGAGAUUCAUACCACAUUCUCUUUGUGGGCUUCUAAUUUUACAUUUUCCCCCCCACUUUGACGACCCUUAUACAAA